AUGUUUGAAGAAUCACAGGUUAAGUGCGUUCGUCGCGAUGAGAUGCGCUCCCCGGCGUCAUCCCGCUCACCAUCACCGGCACCCAACGAUUCUGAAGCUCAAGAUGCCUACGCCAGAUUGGGAAAGCUGCUCAAUCUCGAUCACCUGGACGAUGCCCCCGAAGCCAGCGGUCAAGACAAUGACCCUUCCCAGCCCGCAGACGAGGAUGACGAACAAGAAUUCGAAUUCCGGCUGUUCAGUGCCCCCGCCAAGUCCACAGAAACAAGCAAAGAAUCACAAACAGACGCCAAUGACGAUAAGAACGCACCGGGGUCAGAUGAAAAGCCCGCGGGCACGACACAGAAGCUACGAAUCCGACUCCAUUCACCGACUCCCGGCUCUGGCGAUGCCUCAGAGGGUAGAUUCGUGAAUGCGCACCGCAAUUGGGACUACUACUUCUCCGACCCCAAGCUUUCUACCACAUAUAGCGGCAAAAUUACACCGGAGGAAGAGACACAGCUUGCUGAAAAGCAACGGCAGUUCGAGGACAUGGCCGUGAGUGGGGAUCAUAUGCUUGGAUGGGCACAGUCACAACCCUGGCCUGGAUGUCAUCUACCAUGGCGAGUGAUUCACCUCAAGCGCCAUCAAACCAAGACACCACGGCCAGCGGGCAGUCUCCCGAUCUACGUGGUGGAAGGCGCACCGUUGACGAAGAGCCCUUUGACCCGAAAGAAGCCUGGAAAGAAGAGACGCGUGCAGCUACGCAAGCGGAUUGUAGCCGCUCAGGUUGCCAAGGAGAACGACGCGGAGAAGCGUACCCGUAAGAAUCGCGAGAGGAAGCUCAAGCGCCGACAAAAGGCGCGGGAGCAGAAGGCUGCGGCGGCUGGUGUCAGCGUGGAAGAUAUUGCCAUGGCCGAGGGGGAUGAUGCUUCGUCCGGCGGAGAGAAUUAG